AUUGACGAUUUGAUACAUUUCUAAUUUAUACAGUUGUGUACGGGAACGUGUAAAAUAACUUACUGCAGAUAUUUCCUGGUGUUACCGUGUACGCUGCCUAACGUUUUAAUUGAACCGUUUUAGUUUUUUUUUAACACGUGCUUGAGUAAAUUAUAUAAAGUUGUUUUGUUUUUUCCAAUUUUCUUCGUUCUAUUCGCAUUUCUUUUCGUUUUUAUCGUAACGUUCCCUUCCAACCACCAGGAUAACGCGUGCGUAAAAAUGCCCCGUGUGUCGGUUUUUGUCAUUUUAGUGCCAGUUUGUCUAAAAAUUUCUGUUUAAACGUAAAGCUAAACGCGGUUUAUUGACGCCAGACUAAAGAUUGAUAUAAUGCGAUAAACAAUACCGUCAAAAGUUAUUCUUCUGUGUACAAUUACAUUAAUAUUUUAAAGAUUAACGGAUAUUUCUAACGGAAUGAAUUUGCUACUAUGUCACUCGUCAAAUUCGGCUUUGGACGACUGGUAGACGGUUUUCUUCUUCUUUCGAUCGGAAGCGAAAUUAGCAUUUAAUUUUUGUUUAGUGGAUUGUUUUUAAAAUCAGUUCUUGUUAAUUCGUCAAUACGUAGUUGAAUUAUUUCUUUUCCUGUAUAAUAGUUGAGAAUUUGACCAGCGUCUUCCUUUCUUUCCUUCCUUUUCGACGACGUCACAAUUAUGGUCAGUACGUGAUGUGUCAUCAGUCGAUAUUUACACACGCAUCGCGAUGAAAGGUCGGUAGCGAAGGACCGAAAACAUAUUCUAUCUUCGUUUCGUUAUUUUCUGGUAAAGUGAUUGAUUAUCGUGUUAAAGUAUCCGUAUAAUCGACUGUUGCAUCGGUAACCUAUUAUUCAGUUAGAGAAUAAGAUUUUACAACACGCAUUCUGACAAUCGUAGUGGUUGAAUUGAUAAAAUGAAAAAAAUGACCAUUAACAGAUUUCUGUCACGUAUUUUAAAUUUAAUAGGCUGCAUAUAUGUAGUUUAUAUACAGUAGCCAUAUCCUUCUAAGGAAAAUCGAUAUUGAUGCUUAAAGGCUCGUAUCGAUCUUUGCAUAGGAGGAAAUAAGGGUAACAUACGUUACAAUAAGCCACUAUAACGUAUGUUUUAAAGACAAUUAAUUAAACGUAAUUUUAAACACAAUUAAAUUAAUCUUGUCAAUAAUCUAGCUAUCUUGUUGUUUUUAAUUAUGACGAGAAGAAUUUACGGUGUCGGCGUAUGACGGGCCUUGUUUAUUUUCAUCGUUUAGCAUUUUUUACUCGCAUUUCCUAAUAUCCUCUAUGUAAUCUAGUGCGGGAAAUGACAAAUAUUCACGAUAUCUCAAUAACAUUUAAAUCUCUUCCAGCAGAUGUUUUAUUCAUUUUACCAAUGUAAAAUAAUAAUAAAGUGCCGUAUAAUCGUUAUAUAUUUAAAACUCAUUGCUAAUAGCAUUAUCAAAAUUUUCUAUUUUUAACGUUUAUGGUGAAACUUGUAAAGGUCGAGUCAAGGAAUGAAAUGCUUUCCUCUUUCUUCCUUUUUAGAUUAUCUGAAAUUGAUAUUGAUUUAGUUAUAUAUUAUGAAAGAACAGUUAUUUGGAUUUCGUUUAAUUAAUACGUAGAGAUUAUAAUCUGGAGGCCAAACUAAAGUCAACUUUUUCAGUUUUAGUUUUAAUAUAAAUAUUGAUCUGGGUAUAAAUUCUUGGUGCAGUUUUGAUCGAAGUGAUUCUGGCUUGGUGCCAGACGUCUGAGCGAGUAGCCCUCCUCACCUUUGCCUGUGGAAGAAUCAGAGGUGGUGUAAUAACAGGUCACACUACUGCUAACUUCGUCCUACCCUCCACAAUAGAAUGGUUAAAACCGAGGUGCUGUAAAUGAGGGGUGAUUACUGCUGACCUUCAAACUCUCUCUCCUAGUUAACUCGCUGUAUAUUGAGUUUAAAAUACGCUUAUUUUUUAUCCAUCGAGGUUUAUAAUACCGCAAGUAACCGUUUAUUGAUCUAGUAACAGGUUAUUUUAGGAAUCCUGUCUAAUUAGCAAACUAUCCGAUAUACUUCUAAUAUAUAUAUUAUUGUUAUAUAACAUUCGAGACGUAUCAUAGUGAUUUUUAGGAACGGGUUUUGUACAUAAGUAGGCGAACUGCAUUUCUGAUUUGUCGCUUGACCAGAUUUUUGUGAAUUAUCUCCAUUUAGGAGUUUUUAUUCUCUUUGUUUUUUAAAGUUGCUUUAUUACACGUGGAGCGUGUAACUAAAAUAACACGUGGUACAGCGUGUUGGACUAUAUUUAUGACUAAUAAAUGAAUUGGAACCGCAUCCUUUAUCUCGUUGUCAUGGUUACGGAUUUAUUUUCCAGUCGUUCCGCUUCUCAUCUUUGAAGAUAGAAUGGAUUCUACGAAUUCGAAUUUGAAAUUUUGUCGAAUAUUUAGGAUGCCGGUUCAAAGAAGAGUGCGAGGAUCGUAUUGGUUACGUUUAAGAAUCAGAAGUGCUCGCAGACUAGAGAAAAGCAAUUGCUGGUGUCUUUUAGGAAAUAAUGCUAUAAGCAAAUCAAAUUUAAAUAUUCACUCGUCAAAUGAUCAUUUAAGAAACUGUAAAUUCUCAAUAAAUGGUCGAACGGAAAAAUUGUAUGUAAGGAAAAAAUGUUUUAAAAAGAAAAAGAAGGAUGCAAGGAUUUGUAAAUCCACCGAUAACAAAUUGGAUGACUCUUUUAUUACAAAUAUAUCUUGUAAGAAAAGAAGUUCUAGCAAAGUAACUAGAUCAGCAACAUUAAUCUCUACUGAAAUCGAAAUCUGUAAAUUAUCUGAGCAAGCAGGAGCUCUCUUUUCUCCUGUAUAUCAGUUUUUAGAAGAAAAUAAAGCUGAUACAGAAAAGAUUACACUGUUAUCCUUAGAAGAAGCAACUAAAGAAAUUAACAGGGUAUAUGAACAUGCUUCUUUACAAACUCAAUGUGAUAUUUCAGGAAAUCUGAAUGGAAGCUUAAAAGGUGAUGAUGUAAUUAAGAAACCAUUACCUAUUUCUGAACCAUGUGCACACCACGUAACUGUUUAUAAUGCAGAAUAUCCAUCGCCUGAAGAAGCAGAAGUUGCUGAGGAAUGGGAUAGUUUUGAUCCAUAUUAUUUUAUUAAGCAUCUACCACCACUUACACCCGAAAUGAGAGCUCGAUGCCCAGCUCUCCCAUUAAAAACUCGUAGCAGUCCAGAAUUUUCUCUAGUAUUAGAUUUGGACGAAACACUUGUACAUUGUAGUCUUACUGAAUUAGAAGAUGCAACAUUCACAUUUCCUGUCAUGUUCCAGGACAUAGAAUACAAGGUAUACGUUCGAACAAGGCCAUACUUCAGGGAGUUCCUAGAGCGCGUAUCAAAAGUUUUUGAAGUGAUACUCUUUACUGCUUCCAAGAAAGUUUAUGCUGAUAAAUUGUUAAAUUUACUUGAUCCCGAAAGGAAAUUAAUCAAGUAUCGUUUGUUUCGAGAGCACUGCGUAUGCGUAAGUGGUAAUUAUAUCAAAGAUCUGACUAUUUUAGGUCGAGAUUUGGCAAAGACCAUCAUCAUCGAUAAUUCUCCUCAAGCAUUUGGUUAUCAGUUGGAAAAUGGUAUUCCAAUUGAAAGUUGGUUUAUGGACAAAGGUGAUAUGGAAUUAUUGAAAUUAUUACCGUUUUUAGAUAGUCUUGUUGCAAUGAAUACCAGGAAGUUGCUUUGUUUUCCUGAGAAUUCUCCAGGAUAAAGAAAUACAAAUGAAGAUGUUCGUCCCCAUAUUUGUAAUAAAUAUCACCUGUCCAGUUUCUUGCCUCCUGACUAAAAUAUUUGUAGAAGACAUGCUAGUUCAUUUAUCUCCAGUUAUAAAUAUAUAUACACAAUGUACAGUUAACAUUCUUCUUCCACACAAUUAGAAGUCAGUCAACAGGAUAUAUCAUCAUCAUUUCAAAGCGAGCUAAAUGGAGUUUUACCUUUUAUAACGAAAAACUUUCAAAAAGUUCAAUUGUGCAAUUUAAAUUGUCACAUUUUGCAAAUUUAUUUUAUAAUUGCAGAAAAGUUUUUAUUUUUUGUCAUUGUUAAAUGUUUCGUUUAAAAAAUAUGUACA